AUGGGUGAAUACGGGCUCUCUUCGUGGUUAACAGGUUUCGAAGAAUUAGCCGCUCGUAACUACGAAUCUGUUCGAGUCAACUUCGCUCUGGCUAUUCUUCAUACCGAUUUUGGUGAAUAUGAGGAGGCUGCCGAGUACUAUCGGGCUGUUUUGGAGCUCUUUGAAAAGGCGAUAAAUCUCUCACCGAAUAGCCUUCAAGCGCGUCACAACUACUGUGUGGCCGUCAUUGAGGAUACUGGUGACCUUGAGAGGGGUGAAGAAUGUCUCAAAUCAGCCUCCUCGCUUGCUGAUUCCAACAAUCCAAAUGACGAAUUUGUUUUCCGACAUUUGGCUAUGAUUCGAGCCAAACGACAAGCAAGGGAUCCGUUGACUUAA